GUUUCAAAAUGGGCACAUUUACACGUACAUCGGCGAGGUAUGUGUUUCCGUCAAUCCAUACAGAACCAUGAACAUUUAUGGGCAAAGUUUCGUACAACAAUACAAAGAUAGAGAACUUUUCGAAAAUCCACCACACAUUUUCGCAAUUGCGGAUGCCUCCCACAAGGUUAUGAAACAACAGGGACGAGACACUUGCAUAGUAAUAAGUGGAGAAUCUGGAUCCGGAAAAACCGAAGCUUCCAAAAUUAUUAUGAAAUACAUUGCUGCUGUUACGAAUCAAGAUCAUUUUCGAAAUCCCAGAGGACAAAGGGAAAUAGAAAGAGUGAAGAAUGUUUUAAUCCAGUCAAACUCCGUACUAGAAGCUUUUGGUAAUGCAAAAACCAAUAGAAACGAUAAUUCCUCCAGAUUCGGAAAAUACAUGGAUAUAAAUUUUGACUUUAAGGGUGAUCCUAUUGGUGGCCAUAUCAACAAAUACUUAUUAGAGAAAUCGAGAGUGAUUCACCAGCAACCAGGAGAAAGAAAUUUCCAUUGUUUUUAUCAGCUGCUUGUUGGGGCAAACGAAGACUUACUGAAAAGACUGAAUUUAUCACGUGAUUCCAAUCAAUACUACUACGUGAAACAGGGAAACGCUUCCAAAGUAGAUACUUUAAACGACCGCAACGAUUACCGCGAUGUCACUUCAUCUUUAGAUACUCUCCAGUUCAGAAAGGAAGACCAUGACACAUUAUGGAGGGUGGUCGCUGCAAUAUUACAUUUAGGCAACAUAGAAUUCGUCAAUGACGAAGAAAAACUCGUACUAAAGAAAUCCAAAUGCGUUGACUAUGUGGCUGAUCUACUUCAGGUGAGGAAAAACGAAUUGGAAACUGCCUUAUGCGAACGAGUAAUUGCAGCGAGGGGCGAUAUUAUGCGAAAGGAACAUACCGAAACAGAAGCCUCUUUUGGUCGAGAUGCAUUUGCGAAAGCAGUGUAUGACAGAUUGUUCACUUGGAUAGUUGAUAAAAUCAACAAGGCGAUUUCAGUGGAUCAAAGUAGUCAAAGGUCGUAUUACAAGAGUUCUCUGAUAGGUGUUUUGGAUAUUUAUGGUUUUGAGAUUUUUGAUAACAAUAGCUUUGAACAGUUCUGCAUAAAUUAUUGCAAUGAAAAACUGCAACAGCUAUUUAUUGAACUUGUACUGAAGCAAGAACAGGAGGAAUAUAAUCGAGAAGGGAUUGCAUGGACAAAUAUUGAGUAUUUCAACAAUCAGAUAAUUUGUGACUUGGUGGAAGCACCACACCAAGGAAUCAUUUCUAUAAUGGACGAUGCUUGCAAAAUGACGGCGGAGAAAGUAACGGACGAAAUGUUAUUAGAAGCUAUGGAUAAGAAACUAAAAGGGCACAAGCAUUAUAUGUCACGUCAGGUGAAACCUUCAGAAAAGACCCUGAGACACAAAACAGAUUUUAGAGUUACACACUACGCGGGGGAUGUAACAUACUGCAUUAUAGGCUUUCUGGAUAAAAACAAGGAUACCCUGUUUCAAGAUUUCAAGAGACUUCUUUUCAAUUCCAAGGACAGCAAUAUAAAGGAAAUGUGGCCAGAAGGCUCACAACAUAUUUCAGAGAUUACGAAAAGGCCUCCAACUGCUGGCACACUCUUCAAGAAUUCCAUGCAAGCUCUUGUGAUAAAUCUACAAAGUAAAGAGCCACAUUAUGUUCGAUGCAUCAAACCAAACGAAAUUAAAUCAGCUUCUGCUUUUGAUGAGGAACGUGUGAGACAUCAAGUUAGUUAUUUGGGGCUGGUUGAAAAUGUUCGAGUGAGAAGAGCUGGGUUCGCUCAUAGGCAACGAUACGAUAGAUUUUUGAAGAGGUAUAAAAUGAUUUCCCAUUUCACUUGGCCCAACUACAGAGGGUCAGACAGAGACGGCUGUCGAGCGAUAAUGGAUGAAAAUAAUUUCACCGAUGAUGUCAAAUAUGGAAAAACAAAAAUAUUUAUCCGAACUCCGCAAACUUUGUUUGCUCUUGAACAUGCCCGUAACAAACUUAUCCCUGCAAUAGUCACCCUAAUUCAGAAAUCGUGGAGAGGCUAUGUGGCACGUGAACAAUAUAAGAGGAUGAAGGCCCUCAUGACGAUGAUCAAAGUGUACCGCAUGAAGAAAAUGCGAGAAUAUAUUACCGUUUUAGCAAAUAAAUUUCAUCGCGCAAAGUCUAUGAAGGAUUACGGAAAAAGUAUCGUUUGGCCUGCGCCCCCUUUAUCUCUGAGAGAAACAACAAAAUCCUUGAGGAAGCUUUACAAUAGAUGGCGUGCUCAAAUGAUACUCGGAAAAAUACCUCGCAACGAAUGGCCGCAGAUGAAGUUGAAAAUAACCGCUGCCAGUGCCCUUAUCAACAAACGAGCUCACUAUGGCUUGAACAGAAGAUGGGAAGGAAACUACCUCUCGACCCACCUAGAAAACACCAAUUAUACCGUCUUCAAUGAGUCUGUGAAUAAUUUGAGGAACACAAUUCACUUCAACAGUGUUCUCUUUUCAUCCUAUGUUACAAAAUUCAAUAAAUUCAACAAAGUUGCUGAAAGAAUAAUGCUGGUGACUGACCAGUUGAUUUUUAAGCUGGACUGUGAGAAGUUCCGUAAUAUGAAAGAAGGAAUGUCUUUGGGAGAUUUAACUGGCAUCAGCGUCAGUCCAGGACAAGAUCAAUUGAUCGUGUUACAUUGUUUAGGUGGCAAUGAUUUAGUUGUGUCGCUCCACUGCCAGAAGCAAGAGGAUAGGAUUGGAGAGUGUGUAGGAGUAAUUUGUGAUAGAUAUUCCCAGAUCAAAAACGCAGAACUACCUGUUAAAGUAUCAAAAACCAUAACAUGUUCUCUUGGCCGCAAACAGAGAACAAUCAAUGUUCAAGUUUCCGCAGCUGAGCAGAAAGCCACCUUCAAGAAAGAUGGUAACAACAUUGCUUACCUUUUGCCUUCAAAUUUCGCUAUCCUCGAGAAUGGCAACAAUCACAUUAAACAGUAGACUUAUACAAACCACAAAGUAAGUUGUACGGAAAUGAUGUGUCAUUGCAGUAAAUGUGUCUACAAAUAUAAAAAUUCUAUGCAGGUUUAAAAAAAAAGAAUAUGAAUGAGUUUUUCUUGUGAAUUUAAUCCAAUUAAUUGAAAUUAUUACAGUUUUGAAUAGUAUGUGAAGCAGGUGUACUUAAACAUCGGACCAUAUAGUACUUUCCAUUUAGGAAAUGAUAGUUUUAACUUAUUUUCAUUUAGCAUACUAUUGGUCAGUAUGAAAUUAUUCGUUCAAGAUUUUUUCAAAUUUCGAGUAAUACAAAUUUAUUGUUUUACUACAAAGAAAUUGAGGGCUUUAAGAUUUUUUGGUUGUAUAAAGUAUUACUAGUGCUAUAUAAUUUAUUACUUCAUUAGUUAGUGAUUAAUUAGUGAUUUGAAAAGCAAGUGCCUUCCGUUAAUCUGCAAUAUUUUCACUAGCUUUUUUUAAUAUUUAUUUUAUGUACCUAUACAUACAUAAAAUAACUUAAUUUACUAUAGCGGUUCAGUCUUUUACAACGAAAAUUCUUGUACAAUUAUCAGGAAUACUUUUUAAAAAAAUGACUAGAAUCGAAGAUUCUCUAGUUUGAAAUUUUGGAAAAUAAUAGGUUUUCUGCAUAUCUACAUAAGAGUAAAAAUUUGGUUGUUGACUUGCAUAUUUUCAGUUGUUUUCAUUGACACUUUUUCAAAUUAAUCCUUGUCACCCACAUCACUGUUGAAAAAUGAAUUGAGGCAAGUCAGGUAAAGGUUGUUCAUUGAUCUCAGACACAAAAAUAUAUGGGAUAAAUUUUCUUUUUAGUUUUUUAAUGAUUCCAUUAGCUUGUUGUGAAUAAAUUGUAAUUUAUUGAAUUGUUAGAGAUUUUAUUUCAUAUAGGAUUUGGCAAAAUUGGCAAAAUUGUUUUCUUUAAGGCUGAAAGUUUUGUAAAAAAAUUAUUCUUGUGUAUUACUAUUUAAACAUUUUCUAGAAUCGUUUUUUUCAAAUUUAUUUCAUGAUUGUAACAUACAAUUGAGAAUGAUUACUGGAUGGUUAUUUAUGGUUUUCUAUUAAUGUUUGAUUCAAUUAUUGGUUUGUACUUAAUUGGCAAAUGCUAUAUUUCUAGUAUUUAUAGUUGAUACAUUUUUUCAGUUGUGUAAUAAUAGCAGAAGUUGGUUGUUGAUAUAAAAGAAUUAUGUUUUUCUAAUCUAAGAAAGGAUUUAUUUGAUUUUCAUUUGAUUUCACAGAGCUGUAAUAUGGAUAUUUUAUUUAUAUUGUAUAUUAUGAAUAUAAAAAUAAUUCUAAACAAAUUUACAUCCCCAGAGAAAUCAACGAUCAUUAUGAAGAUUCAUUUCAAAAUUUGAUUUUUAAUGAGUCAAACUGGGAUUAGAAAGGACAUGCGGAUAGACAAAUAAAUUAAUGAUCAGUUUCAUUGGUUUGUAUAGUGGAGUGUUUCAAAGUUUGACCAAUAUCCAUCUAUAUUGAAUUGAGCAACACAGUUUUACUAUAUAUUUUGUUAUUGUUGUUGAUUUGUCCACCAUUUCGAAAAUACAGUUUCAAUGUGAAGUAUUGGUGAGGCUGUAUAUAUAUCCAUUAGUUCAUUAUUCAUUGGACCCCACUGGACAUAUUACUUUGUGUCCUUCGGGAUGUUCUGGACUGCCAGGUCAAAAUACAUCUCUCAGAGUUGUACAAGGGGUGUAUGAAACUGAUUUCAUGGUAUUUUUAUACGUCAUUUUUUUUCAAAAAGAAUAUAGUAUUUAUUAUAUGUUUAUAUAGUGCCAUUGUUUAUAUUUUGUGUAUAUAUUUUCAUACCUUUUUAGGUACCGAUUGUAGUGAAGCUAAUGUGCCUUAAUAAAGAAAGUGAAGCUUU